AUGGACGACGCCAAGACCCCUCUCCCUAAAUAUUUGAAGCUCUUCACCGACAAUGGCGUGCCUGUAAAGACCGCAAUGACCGUCGCCGGCAAGAUCUACAAGACUUACAACACUCCGAAUCACCUGCGCGGCUUGGAAGACAUAGACCUCGUCCGUGCUGGAAUAGACGAUAAGGACACUCGCAAACUGGUACUGGCUGCGCUUCGUAAAGCUGGCUACGGGCCUUCGAGUCGCACUCCAGUAAAGCGCGUUGCUGAAGCAGAGGCGACUGCAGGGCCCUCCAGUGAAGCUUUGACUGCUACCACACCAGCCCGCAAACGCAGGCGAACAGAGGACAAAAACGAUCUCCUUCCCAGCGCUGCGCCAGACGACGCUACUCAGUAUGGUAACCUGGACUUUGCCGAAGUCCUUGACCCGGAGAAGAUUGCCGGCCAUCGUACUAUCGUCAAUCGGGCGCCUCUUAUGACUGCGUGGGCCUCUGUCGUGGCGGAGCGUAUUGGCUUUGCGCGCGAAGAGGCUCUGAGCAUCGCGUCUGCCUUCACCGAGAUGAACGCCAUCACGAAGGGCGUCUCCCUCGGUAUUUACGCAAAAGGCAAGGAAAAGGGCCUUGACGCAGACGGCAGUCAGCCUUACGUCGACCUCAUGGGCCGCCGCGUCGCCCUCUUCCGCACCCAGGGCGACGAGCGACGCGGCCAACCCGACCAAUGGCGCGCACUGUCCCCUAAGGAGGGCAAACCCAUUGCUCCUUCGACAGCCUUCGCAUACAUCUCGCGCGCAUUUCGACAUACGGCGCCGUUCGUGGUGGGUGCGCUGAGGUUGCUUGCGGCGAGCUAUGACCCGGGAGAGCUGAAUGCGAAGGGGUAUGGGCUGUAUGCGGAUUUUCGACCGGAGGUGGAGGGGUGGGGGCAAAGGUCGGAGGUGUCGUGCGACAGAAUCUUGGCCCUACGAAAGGUGGCGAAGGAAGCUUGGACUGAUGCAACGAAAGGGGCGAAAGCAGAGGAGGCUACUACAUCAGUCCAGGAUGAUGCAAAGACCGACAUUGGGCCCGUCAAGCAUGAGGAGCACGAGCAACUUCCUUCAGAACCGGAUAGCGCGCAAACCUCUGACACGAAACCAGCCACUACAGUUCCCUCCAGCGCCUAA